AUGGAGCUCGAUGAGCUAAUCUCGAGGGAGUCUGAGUUUAAAGAUGACCCGCUUGAAGGAAUUCGUAACCCUUUAAAUUCUUUCAAAGGAUUCCUUAAGGAAAUCUCCAAACCUGAAUAUAAACAAACUUAUCCCACCAAGAUAAGGUCGGAGUUUAUACCUAGGGGAGUACCUAGAAUGGUGGAGAUAUCGUCUAGCGAAAGUUUCCUAAACAUCGAUUGUGUUACGAAUGUAACGGAUGCAAUCGAAGCAUGGGAAACUGUUAACUGGGUUCAUAUCCAAAACAAGAAUUUUUUACUCAGUGAUACUUACAAAUUUUUAAGAUCCACACUGCAGGGAGCUGCAGGAAGCUUUUGGAGAAGUCUCGAAGCUGGUACGGGUCUGUUAGAUACUGUAAGGGACUUGAAAAAUGGAGAGGCUAUCUUUGCACUUUUCAAGGAUAUGCUCUGUAGAGAAUUUACUGGGAUAAAAAUUACCAGUAGGAAUCUCGCAGAGGUAGUUGCCUUAGAAGCUUUAACAAAGCUUAGGCUUUGUGACAUGUGUCUGUUUGAAAAUUUUGUCUGUGAGUAUAGACGAAAUUUUUAUCAGUUGCCUGGUGGCACAAAGGAAGUCAUGAAAAAUACUUUCUUUGCUAAGCUUCCCCCAGGAUGGGAUAAGGCAGCAAACGAGGCGUUUAAACUUCUACUUGAAAAGAAUUAG